UGUUGACUUUGGCGGUUUAUGGAAAGGGAGCUUCUGAUAAAUUGCUAUCCUGUGACUUGGAUUUGCUUUCUAUCGUAUAUUCUGUAUGAUAUCAUUGCUAUACAUGGAGGAGCGGUUUGAAUUUUGAACGAAGCUGUUUAAUAAUGCCCGGAAAAAAGGAAAGCAGACGAAAGCAAGAAAAAAAGAGAUUGAAACUCCAGAGGAUUAGUGACGCUAACAAAGGAAAACAAGACGAAUGUGAAGUAGAAUCAAGUGAUGAUGAAGAAGUAGAUGAGCGAGAAGAAACCGAUGUUGACGAAGAAAAGAAGUCAAUUGAGACAAAUAAUUCUCCGAUUGCGGAAGAAACAGCUGGUGAUGUUGAAAAGAAGUUAAUAGAAACAAAUAAUUCUUUAGCUUUUGAAGAAACUGAUGACGUGAAAAAUAAGUCAAUAGGAACAAACAAUUCUCCAGAUGUUGAAGAAAAACCGCAUAGCCACCAAGAUGAAAAAACUGAGGUUAAUUUUGUGGCUACUUGUCAAGACCAAAGUUCGCACGUCCCAGACAUUGAUUCUCAACAAGAUCACUUGUCAGGCGACAUUAGUGGCACAAUAAACAAAGAAGAAGCUGGUUCUCAUUGUGAUGAAGUCGAAAAUUCUGUUGAAGACCAGGAUAAUGGAAGUGCACAAACAUCGUCAGGUGAUAAUCACGAUAAUAAAGAGUCUUCAAAUGUUACCUCUGAACUUCAUAAGUUGUUCAGUUCUGUUGCAAAUGCUCGUUCAAACAGAGCCAUGGGUGAUGCUAUUUCUAAAAUACGCAAGGUAGUCAAUUUCGAACCUUCAAAUCUUGCUGCCGAAGAAGAAUAUCUUCAAUGGAUAAUAGAUGAAUCUAUUUCCUCUAAAACAAACCCAUUCCAGCAUUUGUUUCUUUGUGCAGUGUUGGGUCAUCUAGUGGAUAUCAAAAAAAGAAACCAGUCAAAAAACAUUGGCAACGACUCAAAGGAAACUACUGUUUUAAAAAUACCAGAGCCGAAAGAACGCGCGAGAUCUGCGUUUGAUCGAUUGCUUGAAUGUGUCAAAUUUUGCAGUGAAAAUAUUAAAAUAGCGCCUUUGAACUUUAAAUAUCUUCUUGAUAGUUGUGCCAGCACGAUCGUAAUGGGAAGUAGCAAGCCAGGGUGGCUAACAUAUGCUGCAUAUUUUCGAUACUUUUUUGGCAUGGAGAACGUUGUUGAUUUUGAAAUAGAGAAAUACAACUAUAAGGAAGAGGAAUUCAAGUGUCUUUUGCCUUUACUGAUAUUUGGAGUCCAACCUAUAGGAAGAGCAGGACGUCAUCAGAAAUUUAUCUACCGUCGUUAUCUUAAACGUAUUUUGCAGUCUGCUCCUAAUGAUGAAAUAUUGUUCCAAAUAUCGCAAGAUAAAGAUUUCUUUCGAUUUUUUUAUUCGUCAAGUGAUCGAGAGUUUUUUUUCUUGGAUAUUUACAAAGAAAUUCUGAAUAAUGAUCCUGGAAAUUUUACCAAAAAACUUGCAGCUCUCAGAGAACUUUCAAAUAACGUUAAGAGAAACGUGUAUGGUAUCAUUGAAAAGUACGUUCUAGAGUUUUUUGACAAAGGCGAGAAUCCAUUGGAAGAGGAUAGAGACGCUGUUUUCAAUUUAAUUUCCGAUCUUCCGGUUGAGAAGUUUGUGAUCAUACUUGAGAGCAUUUCCAAGUUACAAUCAUCGUCAAAGCGCAAGCUGCUUCCUCAGGUGCUAGGUGAUAAAAAGUUCGAAAGCCUUUGGAAGCAAAUCUCGAAUAUCAAUAAAAGAUUUCUUAUUUGUGACGUUUGGAUUUCUCAUACAAUUACUUCAGAAAAGGAAAGCCUUGGUUUAGUGAAAGCAAUUUUAAAGGCAGUCGACAUUUUAGAAUCUUGCUAUCUUGUUUGCAGUGACUAUGAUCUUAUUGCACGCUUGGGUCGGAAAGUUGUCGAUAAGCUUAUUUGCGAAGACCCUGUCCAAGUAUUUGAUGGAUUAAAAGAAUUCGAUAAUUAUUCAACACUAGUUCAAGAUUGUAUCUUGUCUUUGAUACAGGAAAUGUUUAAAAUUAAUUCAAAUCUCUUAAAGAAUGCCAGUGUCAUCUUGAAAUUUUUUCCUGCUCGUUCCAGUACAUCUUCCUCAUUCAUGGGACGACUUCUUGGAACGUUUAUCGUUACUCGAUACUCCGGAUUUGAGCUGGGUUUAAUGAACUGUGCGUUGGAUGCCUUAAAGCCUCCCGAAAACCAAACUGACAUGGAUGAUAGAGUUUUUGCAGACUUGCUUCAAUAUUGUGAUGUUUGGAUUAAAUUGAUCGGUGCUAAAGAUGUCUUGAGUAAGAAUGAUUGUUAUAAAAGUUGUGAAACUAUCUGGGAAAGAAUUGAAGAUCGCAUCAUGCAAGAAGACGUCACAGUUUCCUUUUUGGAAAAGAUUGAAGAUCACCAGAAACAGUUGUCUUUGAUAUUUCGUGGUCUUAAAGGUGGUGACGAUCGAAUUAGAGCAAAGAUUGCAAAACUCUUCCGUACUGAGAAAGAUCUUCGGAAGAAGGUCGAAUUAUUGCUGAAAGCAGAGAAUUUUUCUCGAAAAGUGCUCUCCGGUAGGAGAAUAAAAGAAAGCAUUAAAGAACGUGAUGUUGAAUCUUUGAAAAUAAACGAAGUCAAUGACGAUUUUUGGAAGGAAUACACUCCUUUAUUGGAAGAAUUAGACCCAAUAAAUAGCCUUCUAAGUUCAGCGUCUUUUGUCAGGAUUGCAAAGAGAAAUCUGCAAAACAAUCCACGUUUUCUUGUUUGCGGUAAUGAAGACGACAUUAUCGACAGAAAUUGUCAGCUUUCACUCUUUCAGCUUCUUUCUAAAGAAGGUGUCCUUCGUUUUAAAGCUGAGUGGUUUAAAAUAUUUGCCAACCCAUCUGCUCUGACAGUCGGUCAAAUCAAUGAUUUACUUGGUGAUAUGGAUUUGGAAAUGUUAGAGAGCGAAAUUGUGCUUUUGGAAAAUCAUUUUGAAGGCCAACUUCCUUCAGAUGUUAAGCUUUACGUCAAUGAUUGUACGAGAUUUCCUCUUGUUUUAGAGCUAACGAAAAAUGUCAUAGAUUUAUUGCAGUCGUUAGGAAUUCUAAACUCAAUAGGAUGUGCGAGCAUUUCUAAACUGAAGGAUUUUCAUCGCAAAUUUAAUUGCAAUGUUAAUGAAAUUGCAAUAGAGAAUCUACACGUGCACUUAAAACAAGUUGAACAAAUCAUUUCUCAUUAUAAUAUUGACAGAACUGACGAGAUGAUAUUUGCUUUGGGAAACUCUCGAGAACUUAUUCGUUUUAUCCGCGAGAUUGUUAAGGAAGACAUUCGUGUUCUCAUUGAUGCAGUUGAAGAACAUUCUGAUGAGGCUGUUUCAGCUUCCUUGGUAUCAGAUCUUAUUCAAGUACAUGGUUUCAUGGUACCCAUCAUUACAAAAUGUGAGCAAUCUUUCCCAGCUGAUCGUGUAUUGAAAACACUUGUAAAUGAUUAUGAGAAACAUAGGGAAAUGAUUCAGAAGAUCCGCCAUUGUAGCGGACGUGUUCACAGUCUACGAGGCUUGUAUCAAAAUGUUGCCAAUCGAGAGGAAAUGACGAGAGAAGUUAUAAGAAACUGUUUAAGUUACGGAGUUUUCAAUAUCGAGUUAGAUGCUAAAGGCUUUUGCUAUUCGUCAAUGAUUUAUCGCAAAGAAAAAGACGAAGUUGUCAAGAAAUCAAUGGAUGAUCUUCAGGAUCUACGCAGUCGUGCUCAUUUGAUUUUAAGUUCAGAACAAAAUCCAGAACAGUUAUUCGAGAACAAACCUAAACAAGAUAUCAAUUUCAUGGAAUUUAUUGAACAAAUUAAUCUUUUGUCAGAUAUUGAAAAUACAAUCAUCGAUCUUCAGGCCUCUGGUCACGUAAAUUAUCAAAGAAAUAAAAAUUGGAGGAAUUUUUCUGGCAAAAAAGAUCUUGAAAAUAUAAAGACUGUUCUUUUUGAAGAUUUGCAUGAGUGGCAACUUAGUCUUCGCAAUGCCCGAGAAAAUCAUUAUUUUUUGAAUUACUUUUACUCAGACCAACUUAGGGUACUCUACGAUUUUAUAAUCACUCAAAAUAUUUGCGAAAUUGACCUUCAGAAUGUUCUUACACUAAUGAAAUUUGUUGAUCCAACUAUCGAUGAAAAACAUUUGGUGAAUUUUAAGAAUUUGUAUGAUUAUCAUGAAUCUGGAAAAACACCAUCCGACAUUAUUGCCUUAAUUGGUCAUGCAUUGGAUAAGAUAUUUUCAAACACUUGCCCAGCGUUGUCGUUGAGAAGGAUGUAUGAUGACUCAACUCACGUCACGCCUAUUGUUUCUGUUCGAAAAGGGGAACUGUUCGUUAUUGCUUUGGAAGAAAGGAGUCCACAUACUGUUAACAUGUUGAUGUCUCUUUAUGAAAACACAACAAAUGCUUUUCCAGAGCCACAUCAAGUUAUGUUUUGCAAUGAAACCACGCCCUUUGAGCAGUUACAAAUUUUUUUGAAUAGAUGUUUCAAUAACAACAAGAAUUUAGCCUGUGAUAGUUUAUUUUGUUUAGCCAAUGUUGAGCUUCUUUCCAAUGAACUUCAAUUUUACUUGAUUGAUUACAUCAAAAAGAAAGAGUUCCAAGAUUGUGAUCAGGAUUAUUUACUUGCAAUUAUUUGUCGAGGUGGUGCUCAUCAUCAUAUCAUUGAAGAAUUCUCAAAGUUUGUACAUCAUAUCUCUGGUAUGUCGUACCCUGAAAUUGCUGGUCGAUUCAAAUCCAAAUGGCCGCAUGUGAAGUGUGUAACAUCUGCGUUGCAAGGACUUGGAAAGACGGAAUACAUACGAAGAGAUGCAUUUCAGUUGAAAACAAAUGUGGUAUCGUUUCCUAUCAGUGGUCAGGUUAUUGAAAGUAAGAUCAUAGAGCGAUUAAAAGAACUUAACUUGAAGCAUUUUCAAUGUCUUCACUUUGAUUUUGGUGAAGUUGAUGAUCCAAUUUUGUUGGAUACAUUUAUAUUCCAGCUUAUUAUUACCGGAAUGGUGUCUUAUGGUACUCAAAUGUACAGUCUUCAUAAUGAACAGAUUUACAUUGAAAUUGCAAACUCUUUUAAUAACAGGUUGGUUGACAACUUGGUGAUUGCACGAUGUUUUUCACGUGUAGAAUUAACGUGGAACGAUUAUAUAGACUUACAUGUUGGCAGUAAAAUCACUAGCAAUGUUCAAGUUGUGUGUCAGUAUUUAAAUGCAUUAGACAAAGAUCAACUGGAUAAGACAGAUGUCUAUUUUACCGGUCCUAGAAAAGUGAAACCGUUGUCAGAGAAAAGAUGCCGUCAGCUAUUGCGAAAAUAUUAUGGUACAACUAAUGACACGACAUUUACUGCAUUGAACACAUUCCUGGGGUUUCUUGCUGAUCAGUUGCGUAAGUUUUCAAGAAGCGCUUUUUUUUCGGUUGAAAAUUUGAAGUUAAUGCUUGAAAAUAAGGCUUCAGGUGUCCGUGUCAAUCUCCUACAAACUCUUCUCAAAGUUUCUCAAGAUUUUGCUUCUCGUUCUUUAACAAUGCAUAGCUCAAACCAACCACAACAAACGUCUUUAGCAGCCCAAAACAUUGUCCAGAGAAUGAAGGGAAUGAUUCAAUGGGAACAAAGUAAUCAUCUAUUAAUUGUUUUUCAGAGUGUUGACUCUCAAACAAUUGCUGCCUUCUAUCGUGAAAAAUCGAAAGUUCCACCGGAUAUAAGUGAACUACUUAAAAGCCAGACAGUGAGAAGAAAUUGUAAAGAGCUCGUUGAUUUCAAGAAGUUAAGUCAAGAAUCAUUACAUGAAAUGUUGGAAAAAAUUGUUCGCACAAAGUUAUCGUGUAAGAGAACGAUUGAAACGUUGUCUUCGGGGUAUGCGUUGACGCCAGAUAACAUGUUAAAGAUGAUCUUGAUUAUACUUCGUGUUAGAGCAAAGAUACCUGUCAUCAUUAUGGGAGAAACUGGUUGUGGAAAGACUAGUCUUGUUGAAUAUUUGGCAUCCACUUGUGAAGUUCCAUUCACAAUUUAUAACAUUCAUGCUGGUCGCACUGAAGAUGAUAUUAGGGAAUUUAUUGAAAAGAAAAACGAAGAAGCUUGCAUGGAUAAUAGUCAAAGAUGGAUAUUCUUGGAUGAAAUCAAUACAUGCCACCAUCUUGGAUUAAUCAAUGAAAUAGUGUGUCACCAUACCUUACUGGGGCGUCCAAUUUCCAGAAAACUGGUUUUCCUUGCAGCUUGUAAUCCUUACAAACUACGAUCACUAAAAAGCUCUUCCACGGCUGGUCUUGAAGGUAAAAGAGAUGAUGAUGAAUGUUCUAAGUUAGUUUAUCGUGUUCAUCCUUUGCCGGAAUCCAUGGUUGAUUACGUUUGGGAUUACGGGUCAUUGACGCCACAAGAUGAGAAAGUUUACAUUGGAAGAAUGGUGAAUGAAUUUCCUGGAGAAUACCAACAAGUUUUAACCGAGCUUCUUGCUUCAUCUCAGAAUUUUAUACGGGAUGCUGAGAAGAAUCCAUUCUGUGUAAGUUUACGUGAUGUUCGACGUUGCAUUCUUCUUGUCAAAUGGUUUAUUGAUACGUUAAAGAAACGAAAAUUGUUAAUGAAAAAAAUCUUAGAAAAUGGUGAGGAAAUUCCUAAAGUUCCAUCUCGUCUAAAGGAAGCUCAGGAAAUCUCAGAACGUUACGAUGAUCUUCCAGAAAUAAAAAGUUUUGUUCUAGCAUUGGGGCAUUGUUAUUUGUCAAGAUUGCAAACUGUCAUUUUGCGAAAAGAAUACAUAAGAAGUCUUGUUUCAUUGCUUGAAAUGAUACAUUUGAGUGAAGAAAGUUUUACAGCAAUAAUACGUAUGGAGCAAGAGGAUUAUCUUUUACGCAUGGAGCUUCCAGAGGGAACAGCAAGAAAUGUCGCUCUUCGUGAAAACGUUUUCGUUAUGUUAGUAUCAAUUCUCAAUCGUAUUCCUGUGUUUGUUGUGGGAAAGCCAGGUUGCAGUAAGUCAUUGGCUAUUCAGUUGAUUAGAAGUAAUCUUCGUGGAAAAGAUUCAAAAGACGCAUUCUUUAAAACGCUACCUCAUCUCUAUGUCGUCUCUUACCAAGGAUCAGAGUCUUCUACAUCGGAAGGUAUUGAAGAAAUUUUUAAAAAGGCCUCAAAUUACAAAAAGCAUAACAGCAAAAGCAACGUAUUACCAGUGGUUUUAUUGGAUGAAGUUGGAUUGGCAGAAAAUUCACCAAACAAUCCUCUGAAAGUAUUGCACAGUAUUCUUGAACCAGGAAAAGGAGAGUUACCUGAGGUUGCAGUUGUCGGUAUUUCCAAUUGGGCUUUAGAUGCAGCAAAAAUGAACCGGGCAAUCCAUUUAUCUCGACCUGAACCUUCAGCAAAAGAUCUUGGUGAAACUGCCAUUUCUCUCUAUCAAGGUGACAAGAAAUCAGAAGACGAUAUUGAUAAGUCAACUGAAAAAGUUCUUCGUUUGAUUGCAGAAGCUUAUCAUGUGUACCGUUUAAAGCAAUUGCAUCCUAAUUUCCAUGGUCUUCGUGACUACUACUCUCUUGUGAAAAGCCUUAAGUGUGGCAGCUGUUCUGAUAUGGAACAGAUAAACAUCGCCCUGAAACGAAAUUUUGGGGGAAUUCCUAAAGAAUCAAGUAACGUUCAAGAAGUCUUUAAUGAAAGAUUGAAGACCGUAAUUUCUGCUAGCAAGACUGAAAGUUACAUUCCAGUUACACGACUUAUUGAAGAGAAUAUUAAAGAUCUGAAAGCCAGACAUCUUAUGCUCGUUUCGAAUGGUGAUUCUGCUAUUGGCAUACUAAAGCAACAUGUUUCUUACUCUACAAAGGAAACUAUCACAAUUUUUGGCAGUAAUUUUGAAGAAGAUAAAUCUGAUGACUACAACUAUAGAAUGUUAAGUCGAAUCAUACUUUGUAUGGAGCGCAAUUGCAUCCUCAUUCUUCGUGAUCUUGAAUGUAUAUAUGGAAGUUUAUACGACAUGUUGAAUCAAAAUUAUUCUGUUGUUGGAGGAAGAAAAAACUGUCGAGUUGCCCUUGGUGCCAACAGCAAUCCCAUGUGUUAUGUUAACGAUGGAUUUCGCUGCAUCGUCCUUGUUGAUCACGAUCAAGUCGAUUAUUCCGAUCCUCCGUUCCUGAACAGAUUUGAAAAACAACUUCUUCGUUUUUCGGAUAUGUUAAAUGAAACCCAACAGGAAAUUAUGAAAGAAUUGGAGUCAUGGGUUCACCAAAUGUCGAGUGUUGAAGGUUUCAGAGAUAAGUUCAAGGAAGAGGAUAUGUUCAUUGGUUUUAAUGAAGACACGUUACCAUCAUUAGUUCUUUAUCACAGUCAUGAUUUUGUAGAGUCCAAGGAUGUCAUCGUAAAGAAGUGCAAAGAUGAUCUUAUGUGGAUUGCAACACCUGACGGAGUUUUACGCACUGUUGAAAGUGAUCGUUAUAAUGAAGAUUCAGGAGAAGUAGAGAAGCUUUCAAAUGAAUAUUUUGAAAAGCCAAUUCACAGCGGACUUGCAUCAUUUAUAUUGCACUUUGUGAAACGUCAACACUUAUACAUCAACACUUAUGAUGCGGAAAGUGAAGCUUGUUCAAUCACAUUUAUGAUGACACAUGCCACAGUGCACACAGAUAUCAGUCGUUGCCUUCACAUGGAAAAUAUGUCUUUUCAACUUGAACGACUUGGAGCCUAUAAGUCUGGUAAGCAACUCGAAGACAGAAUACAUCUUUUUUUUAAAUCUGAAAAAGAGCUUUUAAUCAUUCAAUACAAACCGGAAUUGGACGCAGAACACAUGCUUCUCACUCGAUCAAUUAUUGAAGAAAAACGAAAAGCGUUCGCUAAAAAAUUUAUGGAAGCUCAGUGCACUAUGCAAAGGAAACACGUCUGCAUGAUUGUCCACGUGCGUCGAGCAUCUCAUGAAAACACGCCACGAUGGCAGUUAAAUUUCCUUAGUGGAUGGAAUCAAGUUUUCCUUGAUACACUCGAAAUACCAUCAAUUCCGGUGAAUGAAAUGGUUGACCAAAGCAUACAUGAAGUCCUUUCAAACUCAGCUUGGUCUUUUCAAAGAUUUGCCGAAAACUGCAUUGUAUGGUGUUUUAACUGUUUAAAGUAUUCACAUAAUGCAAUGAACCAAGAGAGUGUGUUACGAAUUGCAAAAAACUUGUUUACAUCAGAUUGUGUCACUAAGACUAUUCAGGAUCUUGUUUUAAAGGAAUCAGGAAACUAUACUGGAAACACUAAUGAGCAAUGGCAAGUCAAAGUUGCUUGUGAUGUGGAACUUCUUUGGAAUUCUUCAACACUUUCCUCUGCCAUGGAACAACAUCUUGCAUUGUUUGUACGUCAGCCUUUAGCAAAGCUUGUUUACUUUUUGGAAAAUGAAAACUGCUGGCCACCUCACCUUCUGAACAAAGAUGUUGCAGAUGAUGAAGAAAUGUGGUGUGAUCUUUUAUCAGAUGAAUCAAUAUUCGACUUCAAGAAAAUUCCUGAAUGCAAAGGAGUGGAUUCGUACUCCAUUGAUGGAAUACGUCAUGAUUUGAUGGUUCCAUUCAGUCAGGUGAUUGCGAAAAGAAUGGAAAAAGCACGAGGCUUCAUCAUAAGAGAAUACGCUGAAACAAUGGAGAUUGAAAAUAAUUUUGAUGAAAAUGGUGAAUUAAAGAAAUCUGUUUUACUUGAGCAACUUCAACGAUACUCAAAUGCUUUAGAGAAACACUUGCCAUGUUUAAGCCAGUUGGCACAAAGUUAUGUGAGCUCGUAUAUGGCUGACAUGUUUGAAUUAGCAUCAGAUAGUUUUCAUAUCAAGAUGAAUCACAAACAUAGAAUAUCUGUUUCGUUAUGCGCUUUCUUAUCGUUUGCUCAGCAAUGGCAGUGUAUAGAAGAGUAUGAACCGACACAGUUUUUUGCUUUACUUCAUUUGUUUCUUUGGACAUCGAAAGAAGACAUAAAUCGAAUUUUGGAACUUGUUAAUGGCUUCCUUGAGUUUGAUUUCAUAAAGUACUUUGAAGAAUCUGUUCAAGAUUAUGUGGAUCUUAAAAAGGCAAUUCUACCCUUAUAUUUCUUUAAUGACGAGAGGCUGUGUGUAGAUAAUUCUGGGAAAGAUAAAGAUUUGUGGGGUGAUGAAAAGGAAGACGACAACGAAGAAGACGAAAACGAAGGAGAUGACGGGGACAAAGAAGAAGAAGAUGACAACGAGGAAUGUUUUGAAAAUGUUUUGGUAACAUCAAUAUGUGAGGUUAUGUUUCCUUCAAAGAAAUCCGUACAAAAAAAUGGUGGAUUGCUUAACUGGAUAAACAAUGCAUCAUUUUUGUUGUCACUUUCAUCGAAAGUGUGCAAUACUGCUCCAGCAUAUCUUUAUUUACGUUUGUGCGUUGAAUUUGGUAGCACAGUUGUUCACCCAUGUGGCAUUUCUGAAGAACAUCUUUUUAUCCUUAACAAGAUAGGAAAGAAACUUGAUCCAAAUUACCUCGAUGACGAUCGCUCUCUUUUAAUGAUCCAAGAACAGCUUUUAGAUAAAGUUGAAGAUCGUUUGCGAGGUGACGAGAAAAGUAUGGGAGCAUUACGUACAUUUAUGUCCCAAUACUACAGUCGAUGUGUAGAGGCAAGUAUGGAAAGUCAACCAUCAAGUCCUGUCAUUCAACACAUCUUCUCAUUGGAUAACGAAGACUUGCUCUUGAUGACUCCUGUGGUUUACCGUCUGUUGUAUAUUGAAGAAGCUUGUUGCUCUGGGAUAUUUUUUGAUAUAAUUUUACGGCAAAGCAUCGAUGAAAGUAAUUCAUGUCUCCAUGAUAUUGACAACGCCUUCAAAGAGCGAUUGAACGACAAAGAUAUUUGUCACGACUCAUAUUCAGCUGUCAUGAUUUGUGACUUAAUUCAAUUUAUUCAAGGUUUUGACGAAAGUUUCCAGAUAGAAGACUUAGAAGAUCAUGAUGGGGAAUUGAUGAAGUAUUUUCGUUCAGCAACAAGUGUGAUUGCUGGCAGUGGAGACGCAGUUGGCUUGGUACUCUUAACAUCUGUUGCAUUUCUUCGUGGAUUUUAUGCCAUGUUGUCGAAAAAACCCGACAUCUUGAUCCGUGAAACGCAAUACUCGAAUGUUUUGGGCGAAAUAAAUUCACUUUUGGAAGGUGACAAUGGAAGGCGAUCCUCCAUUCGAUUAUAUUUCUUAAAACAACUUUUUGCAUCUGGCAUAACCAUGUAUGAUCUUCAAAAGUUAUGUUGUGAAGGCAGUCAACUACCCGUGAUGAAAAAUAUGUUUGAGAAAAACUGUAAUUUCGCAAAGAUUGAAUUUUCUUCUGCUACCAGAAUGGAUGGAUACAAAGAAGUUAAAGAAGCCUUGUUACUACAGAGUGAAGGAAACGAUGGUAAAUUAGAUGGUGUUCUACGAAAAUGUGAAAAUUCCUCCAAUUAUCGUCUAGCGUUAGUAGGACUCGUCAUCAAUACUUUUUAUGUGCAACGAGCGGCAAGUAAUCUCAAUGAUAACGAAGAAAAGUUGGUGAGAAAGUUAUUCAAAAAAUUCGAACGUUUUCCACAUCAUCUGAAGCAACUGGUUUCAAAACUGCUUAGUUUGGAAAAAUUCGUUCAUCAUGGUUUACAAGUUUCCUCUGAAUCCUCUACAAAGCAAAUUGGUACUUCUUUACUGAUACUUCAUGUAUUGUGUGUUGUUUUGAGCAGCGAUGGCAUUGAAAAUUCUCCAUUGCUUCAAUACGUUAUCAACCAAAAGAAUUUCCAUCCAACCACCUUACUUGGACAUGGAGAAAAACAUCGAAUGUUGGAUCAGUACCGAUAUUUAAAACAUGCUUCAUUUAAAAAUUGCUUGUGCAAGUUACAUCUUCAAUAUUAUGGUCAAUUGGAAAAAUGUCCCAACUGUGGUACAAAAAUGGAUGCUAAGGAUCAUGGUGAUUCCAUCUCUAACGAAGCAUUAAAAUCCUAUUUUGACAGUGCUAAGAGUAAAGAUUGGGAAACAUGCACUGUGAACAUGGAGCCGUCUGUUUAUCGAGCGUUACAUUUAAUUGUUAACGCAUGUUUUUAUGGAGGAAUUGCUGCUGGACUAUCUUCAAAUGAGAUGAUAUUGAAAACUCUAUUUCCUGACAAUGAAGAUGGAAGUUUUGCAGAUGCUUGUCUUAAUCAAAUAAACGAAGAUCUAAAAUGUUUGCAGACUAUUCUUUCUUGUAAGAGACAAACUGCAAUUGAUGUAAUGCACUUAGUUGUUGAAGAAUCCACUCCACUGCUUCAAGGAAAAACGAAAGAUGGAACCUCCUUACAAAAUACAAACGACUGUGUGAGGUGGGAAAACAAAUUUGUCAAUGUGGUUGAGGAUUUGUUUCAGAAAGCCCAUGGAUCAGUUACGUUGAUCAAGGAAAGUAGAAUUAAGUUUGAAAUGCAUUUUCAAAUUGAAGACGAAGUACAAGAACUUGAUGAAUAUCCGUCUGAUUACGAAAAGCAGGAUGAAGAGCUAAAAAGAUUGUUUCGUGUCACCAAAAAUCCGUCGUUUACGGAACUAUGUUCCAAAUUUUUCAACUCAUCUAACGAAUUUCAAAAGCAACACUGUGUCCUGGCUGUAUUGUUAUCGUGGUUUGACGAACUUCCCUAUAUUUCUUGCUUAUACCCACUCUUAAAAUGGUCGCGUUUGGUUUCCACAGAAUUGACCCAUCUUAUUAGCAGGAAAGAAGCUCAAACCUGCCGAAUUAGUGAUUUUAUUGAUGGCAAUUUACAACUAGAAAAAAAUGCGGAGAAGAAGGAAGAGUAUAAAGAAAAAUUCUGCGAAUUUAAAUAUGCUUGGGAAAAAAUUUACGAACUAGUAAAUCAGCAGUUGGACGACCACAAAGAUAUUCCUUUCAUCGGUGAAGAUCAUCCCAUUGGAUAUUGCCUUUUAGAUGGCGAGCUCAGUAUAUAUUUACGAAAGGCGAUAAAGAUCUUACAGACAAUGCAAAACAGUUUUUUGAAUGUGAUAAUGGCGAUUGCAUUGAGAACGAAUCAUCCAGCUGUUAGUUUCCUCAAAAAAAGCGAGAACUGCUGUGGUGUGAUGUCAAUAUCACUACAAGAAGCUAAAGAAAAAGAUAUCAUCAAUAUGGAGUGGUCAAACAAAUUCCUGAGGUACACACAGAAUCCAGAGUAUGGUUGUGGAGAAGAUAUUGAUUAUGAUUUUGAGCAGAUAGAAAGCAAGUUGGCGAAUGAAGUAGUUCUGGGAAAACUUUAUCUUACAGAUAUUUCAAGUACAUUCAUAUUUUCCCACGAACUCUUCCAUUCCAGUGCUAAUGUAUUAAUGAAACUUCGUGAUUUAUGCCCACAAAGUCCAACUCUUCCUGAAGGUAUUUAUCAAGGAAUAGAGACACUUAAAGAACGCAGAAAACAAGAUGCACGUAAUUUACUUCAAAACAUCGAGAUUAUCAUAUAUUUACUGCAUUCGGAUCCCAAAUCCAUCGAAGAAAUUCAAAAUAUGGAACUUGUUGAAUUUGCUGACACAUUUAAAGAUAAACUUCCACGUCCGUUCCCAGUUGACUUGUUACCUGAACCCAAGAAAUCCAUUCAUCUUACUCAUAUUGCAGCUCUGUAUGAAGCGUUAGAAGACGUACUUGCCGAUGGUACCAUCGAAGGUUUACCAAUACAGUUCCGAGCUGAUUUGAAAGUAGACAUAAAGGAAAAAUUGAAUAGUUUAGUCCACCACAGAAAUGGGCCGAUCAAAGCAAAACAGUUUCUUAAAGUGUUACGUCGUUUUGCAUUUCGUUAUCUGUCAGCUGAAAAAUUUCAUCCUGAAGCCAAAACACCUUUACGUAGUUGUCUUCAAGAACCGUCAUUGUGGACACCAGGCGAUAUUCCAGAAGAAAAUAUUAUCCCUAGGGAGUUAAUGUUGGCUAACAUUAAGGCAAUAAUUAAACAUAUACAGCAGGAACAAAGUGGACAAACAGGUGGUGUGCAAAAUGUUAGAAGAAAUCAGCCUACAGCCACUAAAAGAAAAGGAAACAGACGGUCUAUGGCAAUGAAUUUUGAUCGCUAACUAUUUUCUAUUAUGAAACAUCGACGGUUUUUGAAUUGUUGCAUAAAACAGUUAACUGAUAUUCUUAUUUACAGACUUGUAUCUAUGUUAAUUUUUUUGGAAGGUAAGAGUUUUGUUGCAGUAGCUAUAUUAUAUACUAAGUGAUAAAUUAGAUCCUACAGUUUUUGUCAGAAGAUUCACGUACACAGUGCAAGCUGUUCUUUUUUUGAACAAUUAUUAUAAUGAUUCAAAAGAUUAUUUUUAUGUAUUUUGACAAGUAUUCAUAACGUAAAUCUCGUCCAA